AUGAUUGUAUGCUUUACUAUGAUUCAAUGCCAAAGAUUAUCGAAUCAUCAAUUGAAUCUAUCCAAUUCUAAUCGUGAUUUACUGACAGAUGAUUGGAUGAUAGAAGAUGAGGAUGAUAGUAAUUGUGAUGCUGUAGACGAAACACCAUGGGAUCGACACUUUUUUCGUGGCAUGAUAGUUGGCUUUUUAAUUGGUUUAAGUGGCGGCGUUCUGCUUGGCUUCCUUUGCUGGCAAAUUCAGGUACACAAGGAAGGCUACAAUUUGUAA